AUGAGUUGUGUGUCCGCCACGUUGAGUGCAAAAAUCAUUCCCGGUAAACCGGCCUCACCGGGUGCCGGGCCAGCCCCUAUAGAGGAGAUGAAGAAGUGGCCAUAUCAGGCAGCACAGUACGGGUGCCAGGACCUCCUUGCCUGCAGCUCCUAUUGUGACGAAUCCGGCGAUGUUUUUGUAGUCGAUAUGAACAGCAUGCAACUGGUGCAGACCUUGCACGGCCAUGGCGUACGGGUGACCUGUGUCCAAUGGAAGCCACCGCCAGCGUCGUAUUUGCAGCACGGGUUGUUUCUCAUUACGGGAGAUGCUGGGGGGAAUGUUGCGAUUUGGGAUGUGGCUGAAGGUGACAUCUUGUAUAGCAUUCAGGUGCCUAAUUCACAGCCUGUACAUGCGCUACUGCUCUUAACAAGACAGCAUUUGUUGGUAGUGACGAGAGAUUGCACAGGAUUUGUCUAUGACUCACACCUCGCGGAUAAAGAGCCGCUUCAAGAUGUUCAACUGCCACUUCGGUCAGAGGUAUCAGGAUCCCUUGUCCCUUUACGUUUGUGUACCUCGAAACUAAGCACGUCUCAGACGUCCUGCAUUGUAUUCGUCGAUCGUAUCCGUGUACUAGGCUCCUUGGAGAUUGGGGCCAAAAGAAACUACAGUGGUUCAUGGGCAAAGGAUCUUAUCUAUGAUAGUGAAGACGGUUAUGAAACAGUGUUUGAUGCUGUCUUUAGUGAGUCUCAAGAGGAGUUGCUGUACUUCGCAACACGAAAUUCAGUCGGGGCGUAUGACUGGAAAACGAGUCUGCUUCUUAACGAACAAGUGCUCUGGCAUACGAAAGGUGAUGUAGAAUUUAGGCGUAUCUUUCCAUCCUCACCUGGCACCCUGGCUGAGAGUUCACUCCAGCUUCCACUCUUGUAUUCAUUUGGCACGGACCAAAGAUUGUGCGCCUGGUACGUGUCUCGAACGGAUAAGAUUACAAGUGUGGCUGCCGAUGUAAGGGGUGCGAGGAUCGCGUCAAAGACUGUGGCAAAUGUAGUCCAAUCGACGAUGGCGGCAAACUUCUUUGCAGUUAUCUUCACUGAUGGUUCCGUGGCUCGGUGGAGGUUUGCAGUAGAGUCCCGGCGUUGGUUACUCGAGGGAUAUCUUUCUUUUUCCCUUGUCAAACCUACUGGUCUCUGCUUGGUGGGGGACAAUACGGUGUGCUGUGCGUUGGAAAGUGGCCACUUGGUGCUGACUGAUGUAAAACACUGUACGACACUUAGACGGGUGAAUAUUGUUCACUCUGGUGGAACGCGAAUCAUACUGCUGAUUCCCCACAGGUGGGGAGAGUCUGUAUGGGUGGUCACCAACAAGUGUGUGCAGUUCCGUCAUUACCACCAAGUCACUCUUUUUGACUGUCGCAGCGGUGUUGUAUUGUGUGUGCUUAGGAAACCUACACACCCCGAUGCUACUCGCAUGAAGGGUAUUACCCUAAAUGCUACAGGAGCAUUUUUACUGUUAGCUUAUCUUGAUGGCACGUUUGAGGUGUGGAGUGUGGAAGGGAGUGGUCUCAUUUACUCCUUUGAGGGUAUGGGUGUGUCGGGUGUUUCAUGGGCGCCACAAACGUUCUUGUCAUGCCUUAGGGGAGUUCAGGGUACACCGCAGCUACUUGCUAUUGUAUUUGCAGACAGUACAAUGAGCUUUUGGACGGUCUACAAAGAUCGAGUAGUACAAAACCGCGAUGUGGCUCCUCUUCUUCCUAGUGGCUCCGCCAAUGGAGUUUUCUGCGUGUCGACUGCCGAGUCGUUGGCAAUGAUUGAUGGUUCAGGGAUACCUUCUAUCGUCAAGAAUGAAGCGUUGGAUUUUCACGCGAUUCCUUUGAAGAACAUUCCUCUAAACAGCCGUGCUAUAAGUAUUGCCGUUUCAAAGGCAGAUGGAGUCAAGACUAAUAGUAGUGCAGACGCGAGUCAAUUGCAGGUCUGGAUUGCAGUUGUUUUCGCUGAUGAGUCAUUUGGUGUAUGGAACGUGUCCAGUCGGGAGCGACUGAGCUACUCCAAAGCAACACAGAUAAACAUGAGUGUGAAAGCCUUGACAUGGAUGGGAGAUAUGCUUAUUGUUCUAACCACUACUGGUUCCAUCGCUGUUGUUGACAAGUUCCUUAUUUCGGUCAACAGCAGUGUGUCCUCGAAGUCUCCCCGCCGACCGAUCCAGAGCAGCGCCUUUUUCCUACCAGCUCAUCGAACUUACAUUCAGACGUCACUGGAGACCCAGAUGAAGUGUACCCCGCUUGAUUCAAACUUCUCUGAGUCCACCAACUCGCCAAGCUACUUGGUGAAAAAUGUUGACCCAAACAGGAGGCCGUGCCGAGGCCCAUUUGGCCAAACUAUAUCAGAUGAUAUUUCAACACUGGCACGAGAGCUUGACCUUUACAAAGAGACUAUGAUACCAAGGCAUAUCCGGGAACCGUUGCAGCGGGCAGUUUCCCAGCGAUGCACGGAGGAGGUUGCGUUGUGGGUGGCGCGGUUCUUUGGCCAGCAGGAGAAACAACGCUUCUGGACCCAGUUCUGUGUGAGCAAAGCUCUCUGGCAGCCUUUACCCGGCUCAAAUGAUCAGCUGCAAUUAACCGAACGAAGGGAAGUGGGACGUGAGCUGGAACCUCCUUUGUCCUACAUCUGCAGUGACCGCCUCUCAGAGGCAGUUGCAGUUUCGGAGGUGAUUCGCAGAAACCGCACGUGCUUCAAUGAGUAUCGUAUAGCCGCCCUUGAGGCUACUAAAGGCCAAAACUUGAAUAACUCGAAAUGCCGUUUGACAGUAGCACGAGAGUUGUUGAGACUUCAAGAACCUCAAAAGGCUGUUGAUGUUUUGAUGGAUGCCAAUUAUGAAAGUGAUCAAUUCCCUCAAUUGGCAAAUCUCGCCGUUACUAUAGCCGCCUCAACCGCCGCCCAUGAUUCGCCAUCACAGGCCCUGCUUGCCCUCACGACCAAACGUGCUGCUGCUAUGUUCUUAGCGAGAGGGGAUUUGGAUGACGCAGUGGAAAAGUUCAUACUCUCCGGAGACCACUACGAUGCUUGUCUGACACUCCAAUCCUGUGGUAAAUGGAACGAGGCCGUUACAUUGGCGAAGAUGGCUUCCAUGUCGUCUGAAAAGCAGCGGGAUCUCCUUUAUAGGUGGUGCUCUUACUGUGCCAAGCGAGGGGAAAUGAUGGAUGCGGCACGCUUGCUUUUCUCACUUGGCUCGCCCUGUGAAGCGCUGGUGUUGCUUUCUGAGUCGGUGCACCUAACUGACGUUGCAGGUUUGCUUGCAAUAGCCCUUCUAGAGGUUCCUACCUUUUCCUCAAGGGAACACCUUCAGAAGUUGACGCCGUCGCUCUCGAAGGACGAAGAUCCAUCUGAUGCGUUGCGUUUGGGCGAAGUUGUGCUGAACACCUUGACAGACUACUGCAGUGUGCUGAACUCUGUUGGCAAUGUGGUGGCGGAGCGUUCCGUGCUGGAACUCAUUGCGUCUCUCAAGCGUGAGAACAGAGGUGCUUCCACUGCCGCGGACUGA